AUGCCCUUGGAGGACAAGAAUGGAGGUGUAUUCAAGCUUGAGAGUGAAUCCACGAAGAUCAGUGGCUCCUCAACUAGAACAGCGGCAAGUCAGUCGGAAAAUAGUCAAGAGGCCAAAUUGUUUAAAUUCCUGAAUCAAUUCAUUGUGUUGGUUAGUAAUGACGGCGUGGGUGAAACUGGGGAGAGAUCAAAAGUGAAUGACAAGUAUAUUUCCAAUUAUCUUCGUCUCAAUCUUUUAUCCUACCUUAGACAAUUGCAACAAUAUCCACGUCGAGUAGGUUCGCAUCGAGAAGCGUUGAUUCAAUGGUGGGUUACACUGUUGAAUUUCCUUAAUAGCGAUUUAGUCUCAGAUGAAAUCAGAUCACAGAACCCCUCCGGUCCUGUUUUGUCCUUUCCCGAUCCAUUUCUGUCCAUUGAGACCGUGUCGGUAUGCUUGGAGUGUGUUAGCAGGCUGAUGUCCUCAUUGAUGAUCUUACCGAUGCACGAUGUUCAGCAGACAGAGACCUUUUCUCAUCAUAUCCUUUUAACAAUACACUUUGUCACGAAUAGGUUAAUAUUGAAUUCAAAACAUACGAGACAGUUGACCGAUUCUCAAGGUAGUCCCAAAUUUUUGCAUUUCUUGAACAGUUAUUCCUCUUUACUCAGGUCAUUUUUGGGGAAAUUGAACGCCUAUGCUUUCUUCUACCUACCGGAUGAGUUUCACUAUGAUACUCAAAUUCUGCUAGCUGUCACUCCAGCUAUAUCAUUUCAGGAAUGCGUGGGUGAGAGUUUGUUCAUUUGGAAAAGGCGAUGUUACAGGAUCCAAGAUGAGCAAGAUCAAAGAAUUAAGCCAGAGGAUGUUGAAACACGAGAUACAAGGUUUUUCAAGAUUAUCAUAUCCUAUAUGAAGAAUGAUUCGGUAUUUAUGGCUUUCUAUUGGCAUUACUGGUAUAUCAUAUUGCGGUUUAUCGCAUCUUCGAAGAAAAACAACAUCUCUGAGUCUGAUUUGGACGCCAUAUCUGGGUCAGCUCUCCUGAUAAAACACGUAACUUACUCUUUCCUAUCAAGAGACUUUGGUAAGUUCAACAGGUUCAUUAGAUCAUCUUCGUCGAGUAAAAGCGCCAUCAAUAACAGUUUUAAUGACACAGUCACAAUGCCCGAUUCAAAUACGGCAGCUAAUGAUACCGUUCUGACUACCGAGAUGAUAAAUGAGUUUGUCUUCACCCAUUUUAGCAUAUUAAGGAUGUGGGAAUGUCUGAGAUCCCUCUCAGGUUGCUUUCCAAAUGAUCCCAGCAUGACAAGCUUGUUAUCUUUGCAUGAUUCCUCGCAACUAGAGUUCAUUGUAAAAAUCCCCGCAUAUGACUCAAACAUUGCCAAUGUUGUAUUUAAUAAGAUCCUACAAUUCGUCAUAUUUCAAUUUGAGUCCUCACUUUCAGGUCAAUUUCUGCACUGGGAUACGUGGUGUGAUGGAAUUUUGUCCAUGUUACGCACUUUGAACAGUAAUUGUCAAGUCGUCGCUCUGGUGUGUCUUUUCAACAAUUGGGCACAUCUUUCAAGUCAAGGACGGGAUAAGGUCACUUCGCAUCUAUUGGGUGAACUCUGGUUACCUUUGACACUCGAAUGUGAUUUUCAAUUAUCGAAAGUUAUCUUUUUCAAGCUACUAGUGUUCUGCAUCGUACCCACUUUAGAUAAUUUUACAAGAAGUUUAUUGAAGGAAAAACUCCAACAAAUGCAUGGUGAAUUGCUAUUCAUCAAGAGUACAAUUGAUGACCUAUCAUGGGAAGACGAACAUGAUGUUUUAUCUUUUUAUGGUAAUAAGAAGUUUUCCCUCCUGCCAAAUAAUCCGCUUAAGGAACAAGAUUUAAUCUACAGAGCUGAGCGGGAAACACGAAGUAAAGUGAGGAAAAGAUCUCAAAAUUUCUCGUCUGUGGUUGAGGUUGCCAACGUACGGCCAUCACUUGUUUUGAGGAACGGUAAGUAUCCUUACGACGUUUUUGAUGAGAUCGUCACUAAAGCUGCAUUAUUGGUAGCGGAGAAAAGAAGAAAGGGGUCUAAUUCUCCAUUGCCAGCCGUCGCUGAAUGUGUUUCUAAGAAAGAGGAUUCUAGCAAUGCUUUGGGGAAAGAUAAUCCUAAGCGAUCACCUUCAAUUUCAAGUACCAUAGGAUCUUGGUUUUCGCGACUUUCAAAUAACACUGAUAGCUGCAUCAAAAAACUUGGGCCAUCACCUCACAAUGCAUCAGAAGAUUCAUUGACCAAGCAUAAAAGUGGUAUAUCCAACCCCAAGGAUACUGGCCUCGGCACAACGCCAUCGACAGAUAUGCUAUCAAUGUAUUCUACUGUAUCAUCGUUGGCCACUGGUAGGACAAACCCCUCUGAUGAUCAACUGUCAAAUGUCGACAAGCAGACAUCGAGCUGUCCGACACCGGUAGAGCAACGAGUUGAAACCAGCGCAGAUCGUCAUACGAAGACCCAAAAGAAAAAGAAGAAGUUAUUAUCUCCAGUAGAAUUGAAAUACACGGCUGGCAUAGCAGACAAACAAACGAUAAUUUUUCUCUUCAAGAUGAUUAUUGUUCCCUGUGAGUCAAUAAUGAAGAAAAUUGAGAAAGCUAACGUCAGCUGGUCAGUCGUCACUGCAAAGACGUAUGAUAAACCGCUUCCCACCCCAGACGAUUCAGCGAUGGAGACCUUUAUUGAGGACAUGAAAAGCCAAUCUUUAGAAUCCCUGGAAAAUGUCAAUAAGCAACUUGGUCAGCUAGCUCUAGGACAGUCUUCCAAUGAAUCGACCCUAGAUUCUUGUGAGGCCUCCUGCCCUCAGAUCAAUGACUUAUUCCCCCAUCCAGACUACAGCAUACUUGUGGGCGCCGGUAAUUUAGAUGAAGAGGCUUUGACAAGUGACUCGGAAGCACUGCUGCGCUUCAUGAAUAAUCAGGCCACAUCAGUCCCAUCCUCAGUUCUUGGGGAUGGAAACCAGUCUGAGGGCCGGUCUUUGCUGGGUCUGAAUAAGAUGUAUCUGAAAACAAGAGCUAAAAAACUAUCCAAUCUAUUGAGGAUGUUCAAUCAGACGGCGGAUGAGUAUCAGCAAUUCAUGAACUUUUUGGACCAUGACUCAGUCUUCUUGGAGUUUGAAGUAAAGGUCAAUCCCAUGCUCUUUGCAACCCAGGAGCAAUAUAAGAGAACUUAA